UUGUCUGUGCAUUACUGUUUGAAUGGAAUGCUACACGUCUGCCUAUACAAAUAUCCACACUAAGUGGGUAAGGAUCAAUGUCUGUGUUACCUGGCUGUUAUUGUGGUGGGACACUGUCUAUCUGGAUGUUUAUGACUUAUUACAACAUCUCACUACCAGUUUCAAGACCAACCAAUACCAAAGACAUCUUGAGCUAUGAUGAAGAAUAGUCCCUAUGUGUUAUAGACGGGGCAAUACCAGAGACAUCUUGAGCUAUGAUGAAGAAUAGUCCCUAUGUGUUAUAGACGGGUCAAUACCAGAGGCAUUUUGAGCUAUGAUGAAGAAUAGUCCCUAUGUGUUAUAGACAGGGUAAUACCAGAGACAUCGUUGAGCAAUGGUUACCUUAGCUUGCUGUUAAUUCAAUUCGACAUGUGUAAGCUGGGACAUACUGGGGAUGUGUAUUUCAUCAUAAAUUCUGUUCCUGUUGUGGCUAGGAUUUACCUGGGACGUUUAUAUCUCUGCCUGUUAUGCCUGGACAUUACAUCUGAUGGAUACUUUGAUCUCUACUUGUGAUACCUGGAGAAUACCUAAGGGAUACUAAUUCUUAGAAGUCCCUCCCUAGCCAGAAUAGAUUGAACUUGUUAUAGUCCAGAAAUACUGGGACAUUUUAUAUAGAUCUACCUGUUCUAUUACUUUUAAAUAUCUACCUGUGUUAAGACAGAAACAUACCAGGAACUGUCUAAUAUCUACCUGUGAUAUCAUUAUGUAGCUGGGAAGUACUGGGAACUUUCUAAUACAUAUACCUGUGAAGCUGGGAAAUACUGGCAUUAUUUCAAUCCAACUGUUGAUGGUGAAUGAAUUACAUACUUGUGACAACUGUUUCAGUCAGAAUCGGUUUUAGCUGGAGAAGACCAGACAUUUUCCCUUGCCGAUUUAGAUUGCCGAUUUAGAUUGCCGUGUAUACCUGUCCAUGUUGGCUUACUUAGCACCACAACAACUGUGUAGUACCACCUGUAUCUAGAUAAGGUGCUGUGAUAUUGUGUAAACUUUCCUACUACAGAUCACUGUCAGCCAAUCUUCCUGGUAUAGGUGAUCAUUGUAGUGUUAUAAACACUGUGGUUCAACAGGGUAAACGAUACCUUUGUCUUCACUGGAAUUAUGUCCUUUGGCAGUUUAAUAUAUAUCAGUUACAAUUUUACAGAAACUGGAAAUGGAAGUUAGCGGUUCCCUGACAAGUGCACAAAGUCACCAUGCAGGCCGAUGGCAAAGUGAAGAAGACGUCCACGCCGAUGAAAGUCACACCUGUUAAGACUAAUCGUGGCUUCAAAGAAUCCAAAUCAGACCAUAUGAGUCUGUCAUCAAAACAGAAGGCUCCUCUGCAGGGCAAGUCUGUGGGCUCUCCAUUGGGAAAGCCCUACCUGAGUAAGAGCUAUGAAAACCUGUCUUUACACCAGAAGAAAAAGCUUUCUACCUACAUUGAUCACAGACCAAAAUCUAGCCUAGGUCUUCCAAAGGCAGAUAACUCCGGCAAACAAAGCAACAAGGAAAACUUUCAGCAGAAAGACAAAGAAGGCUUUCUCAAACCAAAGCCUGUAAAGGCAUUAAUUGUGGCCCCUAUACGCAAGGCUUCCAGCACCCAACAUAUAGACAAAAGUGGGAAUAGUGGGGGCACAGGAGGGGCCACCACCCACAAAACCUACACUAGUAGGAUGCAGGCGAUGAAACGUGCUCAUAGUCAACAGAAUGUGAGUAAGGACAAGCAGGCGCGCAAACGGACUUCUGCUCCCGCCGAUGUCAUGGCUUAUAAUGCAGAGCUUCUUGCCAAUUUUGAGAAGGACAAAAAAUUGCUGGAGGCUAGAAUCUCGGAGUUAGUUCAAGUGGCAGAAAACAGGAAAGCAGAAAUAGAGAAGUUCAAAUACGAAACUAAAAACUUAAAAGAACAAAUUCCUUCUCAUGAUUUAAAGGACGAAAUUCAGUUUCUGAGAUCUGAAAAUAAGUUGUACAUGGAUCAGCUGAAGGACUUGGGGCAUCCGGUGGAACAGAUCACGGACACAGAGAAGUUGUCACGGUUACAGGCAAAUAAGGGAUGUAAAUCUGUGGAAGGGAGCGUUCCCAAGAGUAUAAGUUGUGACAGUCUUUCGACAGAUGGUCAGUGUAACACGGGUAAAUAUGACACAGCUGACCGAUCAGUGACCUCGGAGCCAGGUCUGUCACUAAAUGACAUUUGUAGCCAAGUACCUGAGCACCCAUCAUUGUGUUCCUUUGAAAUAAGUGCAAAUUGGGAAAAAGGUAGUAAUAAGAGCAGUGAUGCUCUCAGUGAAGUUAGUGUGGCGGGGCUGACCGAGCGAAUACAGCAAAUGGAAGAGAGUCACUACAGCACUAAUGAGGAGCUGCAGGCCACCCUGCAAGAGCUUGGCGAUCUUCAGCACAGUGUUAAUGAACUCACUGAUGAAAAUGAACGGCUGUUUAACGAGAGGAACAUUCUGCUGGAGUCUCUAUGUACGCAGACAGAAAAACUUCAACACUGUCGCAUACAGAUUGAACAGUUGAAGAGUCUGUUGAUCAGUGGUACCCUACCGGACACGACCACCAGGGAACUACAACUACUGGAGUUACUGAAGGCUGGCCAGGUUGAGAGAGAGGAGAUGAUAUGCAAACAGAAUGAGUACGCAAAUGCACUUCACAACUGCGAGCAUGACCUACGUGAGUCCCAAGAUGCUGUGGAUGCGACACGCGACAAAUCUUUACUAUUGGAGGACACUGCAUCCAGUUUAAAAGCAGAGCGUGACACAUAUGCACGGAAUAAUUCUGAACUCAAAGAACAAAUGGCCAAUAACAGAAUUGAGAUUUCCCAUUAUAAGACGCUGUUGGAGAAUGAGAAGACCCGGGUGCAGGAGCUUGAUCAGUAUUGUGCUGCCUCUAAGCGUUCAGACCUGGAAGAGUUGCUGCACAAUGCCCUCCAGGAGAAGGACAAGCUAGAGGACAAAUGUGCAAACACAAUGGAAACACUGCUCCACAGUCAAAAUGAAGUUGAAAAUCUACGUGAGACACUCAGGUCUCGUGAGGAGGAGCUCAAGGUCACCAAGAACAAUGGGCGAACACAGGUUCAUGACUUUGAAUAUAAGAUAGAACGUCUGGACAAGGAACGGGAGGACAACAAGAUGGAAAUUGAAUCGCUACGGCAACGCAUGAGUGAGGAGGAACAUGAUGCAGACCAGUUGCGUGAAAACAAGAAGUGCCUCACGGUUGAACUUCAAGGUUUACGUAAACAGAUUGACACUCUUUUACAAGAGAAGGUGAAGGUGGACACUGAGGUACGUGAGCUCCGGGAAAAAAUGGAUGAGAAGUCUGAGGAGUGGCAUCAGUUUCAGAAGGACCUGCAGGUGGCAGUUCUAGUCGCAAAUGACUUCCGUGCUGAGACUCAGGAGGACCGCGACAAAAUACAACAGGACAACGCUACACUCUCAGAGCAAGUUGUAAGUCUGCAAAGUGAAAAUGACAAGCUACGUGAAGAGAAUGAUUGUCUGAAAUCUCAGAAAUCUCUGGAUGAAAAGAGUAGUACGCCAAAGUCUAUCAUGUCAAAUGCAGAACUAAAAGGCAAAGUUCUGUGCACUGUGGACCGUGAACUGCUACAUCUACGGGACAAACGCCAGGACAAAAACGCCACACAAUCUGUAAAAAGUUUGAUCCGCUCCAUUGAGGAACAGGUGAAGAGUGGCUGUUCAUCUCUUCAUUCCAGCACUUGUAGUUCACGUAGAAAUUCUGAUACUGCAGAUGGAUCUUUGUCAGGAAUCCGUGAAUUUCAGGAUCUUGUCAAGUCUCCUUCCUCCCCAAAUGUUGAAGGCUCUCCAUUGUUUAAUACUAGUUCUCCAGAUGUCACACUCCGAUCUGCUCUCAAAAAGACAGAGAAACCUUCACCUAUACGUCUUUCAGUUGGCAUGCUCUCCUUCGAUAGUCCCCGUUCGCCGUUAGAGACUGGGCCAAAGUCAGCGCCCCCUACCAGCAAAACUGAUACAUCUCCAACCAUCUCUUCCAUACUCUCCAACAGACCGUCAGCCAGCAUACGACGCAGCAGUACCGUCGGUCUGGUUGAGAGUGGUGACAGGAAGGAAGGCAGCUCCAAGGACCCACUGAGCAUGCUGUCAAAACAGAUGGGUGGCUCCAAGAGAAACGCACUUCUCAAGUGGUGUCAGCAGAAAACCAUCAAUUAUCCGAAGGUGGAUAUCACUAACUUCAGCAGUAGCUGGAAUGAUGGACUGGCGUUCUGUGCCCUGCUGCAUAGCUACAUCCCUAACAAGAUACCUUAUGCUGACCUCUCCUCCGAGGACAAGAGGAGUAACUUCAAUUAUGCAUUUGAAGCUGCUGAGGGUGUUGGAAUAUCUUCUUCAAUUCUGAAUAUUAAUGAUAUGGUUGUGAUGGAGCGACCAGACUGGCAGGCUGUCAUGGCAUAUGUGACCUCCAUCUAUAAACACUUCGAGAUUGACGCACGAUCCUGAGGGACUCGCUACGGAGGCCACUGAGGCCCAAGAGAUUGUGCGUGUGGAGGGUGGGGAGUGAAAGGGUGGCAGCAUAUGGCCACCAAGGUCCAAAAUAGGAACACAUUAUAUAUACGUUGGAAGAAGUUUUAUUUCAAUUUUAUAUUUCUAUUGCUUCGGUGCUCAUGUUAUUUUAAUGUUGUAAACACUGUGUGCCUGUAGUGUUUCAGCAGACAACAGAUACUGCAAUAUAUAUGUGUUUUUAACUUGAAAUUUGUCAUGAACGUACUUGCUCAGCUUUAUUUCUAAGUGUGAAGAUCAGUACAGACUUGUUGGCUACAUUUCAAUGAUAAGCAACAGACAUUGAUAGCCUCAAGGAUGAAUGGUGACGAGCCACGGGGGUCUGGAGACAGACCAGUCACGUUGUACCGCUCCUUCUCCUUUUCUGUCCACGUAUAACACAUUUGAAUACAUUUCUUCAAAGGAUUUCGGAGGACACAAAGUGUUUUGCAAAUUAUCUUUGAGGGAAAGCGAUUGUUCUCGCUGGCAUGUCUGUAUUUUGUGAUGAUUUUUAUUCAUGGAGGAGAUUUUAGAACCAUGAGAUGUGAGGACCAAUAUAAUUUUUAGAUGAAAAAUAACAAUUUGAGAUGCCAAACCUUCUUGAAUUAUAUGUAUUUUAUUUUUUCUUCUUAAAAAAUGGCGUCUUAUGCAAACAAUGCUGUUAUUGUGAGAUUAUUGUGUUUUAUGUUAGUUAGAAUGUUUUCUAAGCUGUACACCUGUUUUGUUUGUAGGUUUAGAUCUUGAGAUACCUGGAUCCUGUAAACCAUAGUGAACAACAAUUCACUUAAAACAGAUCCAAGGUUUAAUGUUUUGUUUAUUCUUAUCAUUAGAUUUUUGCUUCUAGAUCUUCUAAACUUGGCACUUGUUAAAUUUUUACUAAUAAUAUAAGUUUACCAUAAAUAGUUAAAAAUGCAUAAUAUAUCUACUCAUUCACCAAUGCUCCCUACCAAGAGAUUUUAUCUCAGUGAUGCAGGAUCCCUGUCUCAUUCAACACUGAUCAUACAGUGCUUCAUACAGCACUUAUUCCUUGCCCCUGACAAAGAUACAGCACCCUGAUCAUACAGCACUUCAUCCUCGCCCAAGACAAAGAUACAGUACUCUGAUACAGUGUUUCAUCCUCGCCCCCAGACAAAGAUACAGUACACUGAUACAGUGCUUCAUCCUCGCCCCAGACAAAGAUACAGUACACUGAUACAGUGCUCCAUCAUCGCCCCAGACAAAGAUACAGUACAUCCUUUCUGCACAUAUAUCUCAACCUCUGUCUGCAUUGCACUUGUGAACUUGCCAUGUACUAACAUCAUUGCUGCAACUUUUUUGGAAAUAAACCAUGUCCCUGAAUACCUUAUCAGACUUUGUGGAUAUCAGUGCUACCCAUAAACGCAUUGCCAAAAUUUUUUGGAAAAUAAAA